AUGAACCGGAGACGAGCGUACGAAGAUGAUGGAGACUUUUACGGAGAGCGCAACAAGAAGCGGCGCAGGGUGUCCGAAAACCAGGAAAUGGAAGAGCGGCUGGAAACGCUGAUCCUGCGUGUCGGUGAAAACAGUACCUCCUCCCUGGAGUCGAAUCUGGAAGGGUUGGUGUCGGUGCUGGAGUCCGAUCUGGGGAAUUUUAGGAGCAAAAUUCUGCGCAUCCUUUCGGACUGCCCGAUCAAAAUGCCGGAAAAGUGUACCAUAUACUCGACAAUGGUGGGGCUGAUGAACGCCAAGAACUACAACUUCGGCGGCGAGUUCGUGGAGUACAUGGUGAAGACGUUUAAGGACAGCUUAAAGCAGUGCCAGUGGGAUGCCGCCCGGUAUGCGUUGCGCUUUCUGGCCGACCUGGUGAACUGUCACGUGAUUUCCACGAACUCGCUGCUGCAGCUGCUGGACAGCAUGGUCGAUGCGGCGAACGAAGACAACGUGCCGCAGGUUCGCCGGGACUGGUACGUGUUUGCGGUGCUUUCCACCCUGCCGUGGGUUGGGCGGGAGCUGUACGAGAAGAAGGAAUCGGCACUGGAGAACUUGCUGGUGCGGAUCGAGGUGUUUCUCAACAAGCGCACCAAGAAGCAUCACAAUGCGCUGCGCGUCUGGUCGGUGGAUGCGCCACACCCGCAGGAAGAGUAUCUCGACUGUCUGUGGGCGCAGAUUCGCAAGCUGCGGCAGGACAACUGGACGGAGAAGCACAUCCCGCGCCCGUACCUGGCGUUCGAUUCGGUGCUGUGCGAGGCGCUGCAACACAACAUCCCCGUGAUUCAUCCGCCACCGCACCAGGACUCGUUCGAGUAUCCGAUGCCGUGGGUGGUGUAUCGCAUGUUCGACUACACGGACUGUCCGCCCGGUCCCAUCCUGCCCGGGGCGCACUCCAUCGAACGCUUCCUGAUCGAGGAGCAUCUGCACUCGAUCAUCGAAAUGCAUCGCUGGGAGCGGAAGGACUGCGCCAUCCAUCUGCUGAUGCUGCCGUACAAGGACAAAAUCCCGCUGGAGUAUUGUAUCGUGGAGGUGAUCUUUGCCGAGCUGUUUCACAUGCCUACGCCGCGCUACCUCGAGAUCUGCUACGGUUCGAUACUGAUCGAGCUCUGCAAGCAGCAACCGUCGAAGAUGCCCCAGGUGCUGGCCCAGGCCACGGAGAUUCUGUUCAUGCGCAUCGAUUCCAUGAACACGUCGUGCUUCGAUCGGUUUGUGAACUGGUUCUCGUACCAUCUGAGCAACUUCCAGUUCCGCUGGUCCUGGGAUGAUUGGGACAGCUGUCUGCUGCUGGAAAACGAGCAUCCUCGACCGAAGUUCAUACAGGAGGUGUUGCUCAAGUGCUUGAGAUUCUCUUACCAUGAUCGAUUCAAGGAAAUGAUGCCGGAAGGUUAUGCGAAGCUCAUCCCAAAACCACCCGUCCCGCACUACAAGUACUCGAUGGAGGGCGCAGCAUCUCUCCCGGGGACUGCAACGGCACACAAGCUGGUGGUUGCAAUUCGCCAAAAGUGCAACGCCGAGGAUGUGCUGAACGAGCUGAACGAUUUGCCGAAUUCAAGGGAUGCGUCCGACACCGACAUGGCCGAGGCGCCCUUCAACCCACUGAAAAUAGAUGUAUUUGUUCAAACCUUGCUGAACCUGGGCUCCAAGAGCUUCUCGCACAGCUUCGCUGCCAUUUCUAAAUUUCAUGCCGUAUUUAAGGCACUGGCGGAAACGGAAGAAGCACAGAUCUGCAUUCUACACAACAUGUUCGAGCUGUGGGUAGAUCAUCAGCAGAUGAUGGUCGUUAUCGUUGAUAAGCUUCUCAAGGUGCAGAUUGUCGAAUGUUCGGCCGUCGCGACGUGGGUGUUCUCGAAGGAAAUGGUGGGAGAGUUUACCAAAAUGUACUUGUGGGAAAUUCUGCAUCUGACGAUCAAGAAGAUGAAUCAGCACGUCACCAAGCUGAGUCGGGAAAUGAACGAAGCGAAAGAAAAGCUGGCCCGCACAGUAGAGUCGUCUUCCAGCGAAUCGGAAGACGAAGCCGCUUCACCCAACGCUCAGAAGCGUCGCAAAAACACGGAAGGAUCGGGCGAAAAACCGACCGAAGAGCAGGUGGAGCGGAUGGAGGAAAAGCUGGAGGCAGCGUACGUCGACCAGAAGCGCCUGUUUCUGAUCAUCUUUCAACGCUUCAUUAUGAUCCUGUCCGAGCACCUGGUCAAGUGUGACACGGACGGGCGGGACUAUGACACCGACUGGUACCGCUGGACCAUUGGCCGGUUACAGCAGGUGUUUAUGAUGCACCACGAGCAAGUGCAGAAAUACAGCAGCACAUUGGAAAGCUUGCUAUUUACGUCCGAUCUCGACCCGCACAUACUGGAUGUGUUUCACCAGUUCACCGCGCUGCGGGCGUAAGUCCGGCGCCUGCAUUGCCUCCAUUAUCGUGCGCGUUAUUUCCCUCUGAUAGAUGGUACUCGUUCACGGUCCAGUGACGACGAUCGAUCGAUAGUGAAAGAAAAGACACGAUCAUGAUCACUGUGUGCAAAACAUGCGUCGGAAUGUGCUGUGCGCACAGAGGCAACGAGAGCGAGAGAGAGCGAGGGUGUGUGGGAGAUGCUACAAUGAUCGUGGAAUGGACUAGUAAUUAUCAUUUAAAUCAUUUAACUCCUACGUAAUCCGCUGCAUGACCAGCGGAUCAAUAUACGGACACUGACUUAUAACGCAAGCUGCAUGAGCACAUGGGUAAAUGAAUGCUGGAUAGACAAUUUCACGAAAACCAACA